AUGGUGUUGAUGGUGGUGUAGGGGUGAUGGUGUGUCGAGCCAUCCUCUCCGUGGUUCACAAUCACAGAGUUCACACCUUCAUCUCCCUGGGAGGUCCGCUGAUGGGGCUCUAUGGAGGAGAGCCCCCCUGGGUCCAGAGUGCCUUUCCCUGGUUCCUGUCCGUGGUCUCCGCCUUCUGCUAUUGGCGGCUGGGACAGGAGGUGUCGGUGUGCAACUACUGGCACGACCCGACCCACCAGCAGCGCUACCUGCACAAGAACUUGUUCCUGCCCAUCAUCAACAACGAGACGCCUCACCGCAUGGCUCAAGUGUUCAAGAGAAACUUUGUGCAGCUGAGGCGUCUCGUGCUGGUGGGUGGCUCGGCGGAUGGCGAGCUGAGACCUUGGCAGACCAG